CCCUCUCCUUCGCCGUCCCCUCCUCGCGCCGGCGGAUCCCGGCGGCGGCGGCGGCAGCGGCAGCGGCGGCGCCUGCGGGCUGUGGAACUUGAGAAUUUCGUGGCCAACACGUUGCUGCUGAAAGCUCGCCAAGGAGGAUAUGGCAAAAAAAGUGGUCGUAGUAAAAAAUGGAGGGAAAUGCUGAAGCUGCCCCCUGUCAGCCAGUGCAGCGAGCUUAGACAUUUCAUUGAAAAGGAUUAUAGCAGUCUUUGUGACAAGCAACCAAUAGGAAGGCUUCUCUUCAGGAAAUUCUGUGAUAUACAGCAAGAUCUAAAGGGAUGCAUUGAAUUCCUGGAUGCAGUGGCAGAAUACGAAGUGGCCGCUGACGAGGACCGCAGAAGCUGUGGACUGCAAAUCCUACACAUGUUCUUCGAUGCCGAGGCAGCACCCCCUUUACCAGAAAUACCUGCCCGUGUUUUGAGAGAAUGUCAGUUGAAACUGAAGCAGAACCCCGGCAAGGAUGUCUUCGAGGAAUGCACAAGAAUUGUCCAUAACUACUUAAGUGGAGAACCAUUUGAAGCAUACAAAGAAAGCUCAUAUUUUUCUCGCUUUCUACAGUGGAAAUGGUUGGAAAGGCAACCAGUAACAAAGGACACAUUUAGACAUUACAGAGUUCUAGGAAAAGGCGGAUUUGGUGAGGUUUGUGCCUGUCAAGUGCGAGCUACAGGAAAGAUGUAUGCAUGUAAGAAGCUAGAGAAAAAAAGAAUAAAGAGGAGGAAAGGUGAAGCCAUGGCUCUCAAUGAAAAGAGAAUCCUAGAAAAAGUGCAUAGCAGAUUUGUAGUUAGUUUGUGCUACACUUACGAAACCAGAGAUUUCUUGUGCUUGGUGCUAACCAUUAUGAAUGGAGGGGACUUGAAGUUUCACAUCCACAACUUGGGCAAGCCUGGCUUUGAGGAGGAGAGAGCUAUUUUCUAUGCCGCCGAGCUGUGCUGUGGUUUGGAGGAUUUGCAGAGGGAAAGAAUUGUGUACAGAGACUUAAAGCCUGAGAAUAUCCUCCUCGAUGACCGCGGGCACAUCCGGAUCUCAGACCUGGGUUUGGCCAUGGAGAUCCCGGAAGGGGAGACCAUCCGAGGAAGAGUGGGGACUGUCGGCUACAUGGCUCCUGAAGUUAUCAAUAAUGAACACUAUACAUUUAGUCCUGAUUGGUGGGGACUUGGCUGUCUGAUGUAUGAAAUGAUUGAGGGACAUUCUCCAUUCAGAAAAUUCAAAGAGAAAGUCAAGCGAGAGGAGGUGGACCGAAGAGUGAGGAAGGACACCGAGCAGUAUUCGGAGAAGUUUUCGGAGGAUGCCAAGUCCUUCUGCAAGAUGUUACUCACCAAGAAUCCCAAACAACGGCUGGGCAGCAAAGCAGGAGCAGUGGAAGUGAAGGCUCACCCUGUGUUUAAGGACAUUAACUUCAAGAGGCUGGAAGCAAAUAUGUUAGAGCCACCAUUCUGUCCUGAUCCGCAGGCCAUUUACUGUAAGGACGUCGUGGAUAUCGAGCAGUUCUCCACGGUGAGAGGCGUCUACCUGGACACUGCUGACGACACUUUCUACAGUCAGUUUGCUACGGGCUGUGUCUCCAUCCCCUGGCAGAACGAGAUGAUCGAAUCGGGUUGUUUUAAGGACAUCAAUGAUGCGGAGCCUGAAGAAAAUAUGGUGUUGAAUGUAGAAGAGAAAACACGAUACCUGGUUUCCAAAACGAAGAGAAGCUUCUUCUACAGACUCUUCAGGAGAGGGGGCUGCAUUAGCAGUGGCCCCAGUGAGAAGGAAGAGCUGCCCACCAGUCUGUGACCACAGCCUCAGAGUCUGACCCCGUGCCGAGGAGCCCACACUCAGCGUUCUGUCCUGUCUGGAGCCGCAAUAAAUACGUGUCACAGCCUAA